AUGCAAAUUCGUGAUAUUUCUAUCUGCUCUCAAAUCAGGAGGAUCGUUUAUGGAUUUAUGACUGUUAUUCUCGCACUGGUGUGUGAUAUAUUAACGAACAAACAAAAAAGUCACGGAUCAAUAAGUAAACAACGUGCAUUAGAUGAACUACGUGCGAUUCGUGAGAGUGGUCUUCGAGAAAACGAGAAAGUUAUUGAUCUAUGGAAGCUAUCCCUUUGUGAUCAUAUAGACAAGCUGGGUUAUGAAAAGUACUCGAUUUUGGAACAGGUGUUCAUCGCCGCUCUAGAUAUGGGAGAUGAUGAUUUAGCUUGUGAAUGUCUUGAUCGUCUUUUGGCAAAAUUUCGUAAUAGUUGUCGUGUUAAUCGUCUUUUUGGUAUGUACUUAGAAAGUAAAGGAAACUUCGAAGAUGCUCAGAAUGUGUACUCGAAACUCAUAAAAGAUGAUCCAACCAAUACAUUGGCCCGUAAACGAAUGAUUACAAUUUUAAUAGCCCAACAGAAAAUACCCGAAGCCAUUAAUGAAUUAAGGGAAUACUUAAAAAUUUUUAUGAGCGAUUUUGAAGCAUGGAAUGAAUUAGCUGACCUUUAUCUAUCAGAAUGUGACUAUAAGCACGCUGCGUUUUGUAUGGAAGAAAUGAUUUUGUCUAAUCCUUCUAAUCAUCUCUAUUAUCAACGUUAUGCUGAGAUUAAAUACACUGAAGGUGGAACAGAAAAUUUAGAAUUAGCCAGAGCUUAUUAUAGUCAAGCUUGUCUAUUGUGCCCUAAUAACCUUCGUAGUUUAUACGGACUUCUACUUACAUGCUCCGCUUUAGAUAAUCAUCUAUCAAAAUCAAUUAAGAUGCUACCGUUAACAACAGAGAAUAAACUGCACAAUGGACCAUCUGUUGGAAACACUUAUUCAAGUCUUAUUGAUGAUAAUCUUGGCAUCAAUGUCAAUCAUCAUAAUAACCAGAGUAGUCGAUUAAAUAUAAAUCAAUUAUCACCUAAACAACAACAAGUCAAUAGUUUAAAUACUGUAUCACCAGUUCAGGCAUCAUCACUGUCCAGUACAGAUAAAAAUCGACAGUUAGCUAAAUGGGCAGCUGAACAAAUCCGUUUAAUCUAUAUGUCUGCCAAUACAACUCGUGGUGGUUCAUCAUCGUCUUCCGCAACUUGUAUCAAAUCUACUAAAUGUUUCAAACAACAGUCUACCAAAAAGCAUACUGGACAUAUUAGUAAUCACAAAGAUAAUCAUACUACUAGUAGUAGUAGUAGUAGUAAUACUAACAAUCCAAACAAUGUUACAAGUUUUGAGGAUACUGUCACUGUUGAUAAUACUAAUAAUCCUAUUGAUAUGCGUGUACAUACUGAUCAUAGUGAUGAUGUUGAAGAUGAUAGUUGUCAUCGAAUUGUUUGUGAUAAAAAGACCAAAUAA